UUUUCCGGUUCGGACACUGCAACCCCUCGCCGGCGGAGUCGGGAUGGCAUGCUGGGCCCGCCGCUGGAGUUCCUGCCGCAACUGGAGCCGGAGGAGUUACGGGCUUAUCGUCAGGACUACCAGGCGUUCCGUGCGGGUCACCACGUGGGCGCCCACGGCGAGAUCACCGGCCUGCGCCGGGGACGGCAGAAGUCGGAGGUGGAUGGCGAGCAGGCAGAGGCGUACUUCAGCGAGCCGGAGCCCAGGGAGCCGAGCGCGAAUCCGCGGGAGGCGCCGGCGCUGGCCCUGCGCUUCUGGUCCUGGCUGGGCGGCGAGGCCGCCAGCCGUGCCAAGCCGCCCUCGCUAGAGGCGCUGCCGCGGAACCACUUGCUGGAGGUGGCAAAGGUUCCACCUCGUCUGGAGAAGGUCCUGGCCUUUGGGUUCCUGCUGUGUUUGGACAUCUUGCUGCACGAGCUGAGCUUCACGCCGCUGCAGGUGUUGCGGGGCCUCGGCGGCCACUGCCGCCGCGCCUGGCGCGGCGCCCGCGGCUCGCUCAGCGCCACGGAGCGGUGCGACGUGCUGCGAGUGGCGCUGUUUGCGCUGAACGUGGUGCUGCUGAAGGCGUGCUUCAGCAACAGCCGGGUCUACCACUACAUCCGAGGCGAGAGUUUCUUGAAGCUCUACGUGCUCUUCAACAUGCUGGAGCUAGCGGAGCGCUGGCUCCGCUCGGUGGGGGUGGACUUCUUCGAGCUCCUGGUGGCCUCGGAACGGAGCGGCGGGUUCCCCUGGAAGUUCCUGGCCGUUCUGGUCUACUGCUUCCUCCAUUCCUCCAUGCACAUGGUUCGCAUCCAGCUCCUCACGGUGGCCAUCAACACCUCGUCGAGCGCAAUGUUCCUCAUCAUCGUCACCAACAACUUUGGUGAGAUCAAAUCCACCGUCUUCAAGCGUUACGAGGCUAAGUCGUUGUUUCCCAUCGUCACCAGCGACAUCGUGGAGCGUUUCUACUUGGUGCUGGACAUCAUCUUUGUGUUACUGCGCCUGGGCGCGUCCACUCGCAGGGCGGCCUAUGUGGAUAUCGCCCAGUGGCUGCUGCUGCUGGUGGGUAUCGAGCUGGGCACAGACUGGGUGAAGUUCUGCCUGAUCAUGAAGUUCAGCGAGCUGCCCGCAGCGGUGCUGGAGAGCUACUACCAGGUCUUGCUGGCGGACGUGCUGGUGUGCCGCAUGCCCAAGCGCGAGGGCCCGGCGCUCAAGGUGCCCUUCCGAGGCAUCCAGUCCUUCAGCCACGCGGCCACGGCCAAGCGCGUGGGAUUCAGCGCCCUGCCGCUGUCCUCGCUGGUGCUGCUGCACUUGCCCCUGGGCUCGCCUUUGGGCAUCCUCGCGGUGCUGGUGUUUCUGAUCCUUGCUCUGCUGGCGAAGGUGCUGCUUGGCAUCUGCGUCUUGGGCUUCGCCGCGCGGCGCCGGCAGAAGCUCGCCAAGGGCCUGGAGCUCUUCGGGAAGGUGCGGGCGCUUUGAACACCGCGGUCUUCGAGUUGCCGAAGUGGGGCCCGUCUGCGGCUUCAG